AUGGAAGCGACACAGGAUCUUACACCUAAGCAAAAGCAAGGUAUGUGGAUGGCUCUAUGUUCUUUAAAAGCAUGGGUUAAUACAUUAAUUGACCGAUAUUUCGAUGUAUAUUUUACCAGUAUUGCAUCUCACUGAAGAGAUGACAACUUGAAGAGUUGGGAUCUGAAUGCUUUACUGAUUAUUGGGGAGGGGAGAAUACCUGGACUUUGAUAGCGUUACCUAGAGGAGGCAGGGGGGAUAUUUCGACUUUGUUUACACUCGUCCCGCUGGCAUGAGGGGAGAUUUACGAACAUUGCACAGUGUUUUUAACAAAGUUCCCUGCCUUGCCCGGGGUCCCCACCCAGGGGAUAGCCGAUGAUAGGUGCAUUAAAUGGUACAUAUAAUCUGUGAUACGACUUAGAUUUGAACGUUUUAACUAUAACUUAAGCUAUUUCUUAAACUAUAACUAUUACUAGUAACAAUGAAUUGACGGUUUGGACAUACGGACUGAAAGCUUUGCAAUAUUAAAUAGUUUGAAUAUACGUGCUGUUUCCACUAAACGAAACCUUUAUUACAAAAUUACUGUAUAAAAUUUUCUAUCCCCAGAAAGUUCUUGUUUCAGAUAUAUGCUCUGUUUAACUGUCUGAUAUAGUAUAUAUUUUGUAUAAUCUACUUUAAUAGGUGUUUAUGUCCCUGAAAGCAACCAUUACUACUACCCAGGUUUCCGAAAGCAAGGUAGAUUUCCUGCUGCCAAGAAAACCGUACUUGGGAAUCUUGAUUUGUUAAAAGAGAUAGAAGAAGAGGAAAGGAUAACAGUUCGAUGGAAAAAAGCUACAAAUUGUGGCUAUACUGGUCUGUCAGUGUUACACAGGCUUUACGCACUUUAUGGUUUUCUUUAUGAUGAGCACAUUGUGUUUGAUGAAAUGCAUACUGUAUCCCUGAAUAUUGUGAAACAUGCCCUUCAGGAUUUAAUGGCAGAUGAAGACAAUGCGAUUGAUUGGCAAGUGGUAGAUCAACGACUUUAA